AGUGUCUCCUGUACCAGCAGAAGCUCCAGAACUCUCACCCGAUUGCCUGCCUCUGCUGCGUCUUUGCCCACUGAACAGUCAUGAGAAGGCAACUCCGGUCCAGAAGGGCUCCGUCCUUUCCUUACAGUUACCGCUACAGACUCGAUGAUCCGGAUGAAGUGAACCAGAACUACUUAGCAGAUGAAGAGGAGGAAGCAGAAGAAGAGGCACGGGUGACAGUGGUGCCCAAGUCAGAGGAGGAGGAAGAAGAGGAGGAGAAAGAAGAGGAAGAAGAGGAGGAAAAGGAGGAGGAAGAGGGUCAGGGUCAGCCAACAGGCAAUGCCUGGUGGCAGAAAUUGCAGAUCAUGAACGAAUACCUGUGGGAUCCAGAGAGAAGGAUGUUUCUGGCCCGAACAGGCCUGAUCUUACUCAUUUACUUCUUCUUCUAUGCCUCCUUGGCUGCUGUGAUCACCCUCUGCAUGUACACACUAUUUCUGACCAUCAGUCCCUAUAUACCGACCUUCACGGAGCGGGUAAAGCCUCCUGGAGUUAUGAUCAGACCCUUCGCCCAUAGCCUUAACUUCAACUUCAACGUUUCUGAACCCGACACUUGGCAGCAUUAUGUGAUUAGCCUAAAUGGCUUUCUCCAGGGUUAUAAUGACAGUCUUCAAGAGGAAAUGAAUGUAGAUUGUCCCCCGGGGCAGUACUUCAUCCAAGAUGGCAAUGAGGAUGAGGACAAGAAGGCCUGCCAAUUUAAACGCUCCUUCCUAAAGAACUGCUCUGGUCUGGAGGACCCAACUUUUGGAUACUCUACUGGACAGCCCUGCAUCCUUCUAAAGAUGAACCGGGUUGUAGGCUUUCGUCCUGAGCUUGGAGAUCCUGUGAAGGUUUCCUGCAAAGUCCAGAGAGGUGAUGAAAAUGACAUCCGAUCCAUCAGUUACUACCCAGAGUCGGCUUCUUUUGACCUCCGCUACUACCCUUACUACGGCAAACUGACUCACGUUAACUACACGUCCCCCUUGGUGGCAAUGCACUUUACAGAUGUGGUGAAGAACCAAGCAGUGCCUGUGCAGUGCCAACUGAAGGGCAAAGGCAUCAUAAAUGAUGUCAUCAAUGAUCGUUUUGUGGGCAGGGUAAUCUUUACCUUGAACAUAGAAACCUAA